UUCCUUUGCCAGUCUGCGCUCCGGCAGAGCGAGUUCUACUGCGAAGCCAGACACUGCACCGAACAGGUCUCUGAACGUCUCUGAAAUAAUUUUUUUCUCCUCCGCGUGCUGAAAGGAAAACUGUUAUCCUCUCCUCAGCCUUCUCUCACCAGGUGUGAAUAGGUUGUCCCUUGGUAUCGUCUUUCCUUGGUCAUCUCUGUCCUGUCCCGUACCGUACUUCUGAAGAUAAGAGGCCUCUGUCUGCACCGACCUCAAAUCACCACCUCGAGUCUCACACUGCCUUACCAGCUAUAAGGAGAGACUCCCUCCCUGGUCGCGACUGACCCCCAGCAUGGCAGACAGUCGUCAACGUGAAGACACCCCCCCCCAGUGGGAUCCGUCGGGGGCACAGGACCCCUCUCCUCCCCCAGCCCAUGGGGCUAAUGGCUACCCCCCCUCCUACAGGGCGUGCCAGCCAGGGACGGCCCAUGGAGCAGCACCACCCUCCUACACCGCCAGAGAGAAUGGCUUCAACGGCGACCAUGCAGUUACGGCUGAGCAAGUGUCUGCGCGGAUCGUGCAGGAGGUGACAGCCGAGGCAGUGGCAGUACUGAAGGGAGAACAGGAGACAAGACUGCCCUCAGUUGAAGACACGGCGAACCUGCCUCCCUCCCCUCCUCCCUCACCUGCUGCUGAACACUGCUUUGGACCCCUGGAUCAAGAUGUAGGGGAUGAGGAGGAGGAGGCCUGCCCUCUCCACCACUUCCAAAAUUCUCGGGAGAGGUGCAAGUUCCUCGCCCCCUCCAUCUCUGUGUCUAUGCCCGAGGAUGACCCCUACCACUCUGACGAGGAAUACUAUGAUCACCCCUUGUUCAGCCCUGAGUGGGAUCGCUCGGUCUCCUCUCGGCCCUCAGUGCCGGCCGCUGCCUUUAGACAGAUCCAAGAGACCGUCGAGGCUCUUACAGACACAUUCGAGGAGGAGGAGGAGGAGGAGGAAGAGGUGUUGAUGUUGGAGGAGGAGAUGGAAGGGGCAGCAGCAGAAAUCGCAGCAGCUCUUGAGGAGCUGUGGAGUGGGGAUGAGCCUGAGCUGGACAGCCCCCCAGCCGAGCCCUUAGAGCAGGCAGAGGCCAUAGGCGAGGCCCAUACUGUGCCACCCAUACAGGCCGAGGCAGCUAGUGCCGCCCCAGAAGGCCCUAACGGGAGGGUGGAGGAGGAGGAGGUGGCAGAGGCUGAGGGGGAGGAGGAGAGUCCUGAGGAAGCCUUGAAGAUGGACACGGACAAACCAGACAGCGAGAGGAGUGGAUCCCUCAGCCCAGACUUCACUGAACAAGAGAGUCCAGCUUUCCUCAGCAGGGACCACACAGCAGCACCCCUGAUCACCAAAACGGACAUGGCUUCCCCUUCCCCUUCUCUGUCCCCUUUACCUUCAAACAGCCAGAGCCAAGCCAAAGAGCUUAGCAAAAUGUCUAUACUGGAUGAACCUAAAACAGUCUCAGAGAAGCAGCCGUCAGUGGAAGUUCUUGAGUCCAGUAACCUCACGACGGAUUCAGGGUCUGGGUUCACUACAGCUGGAGGCCAAGGUCAAGGACAAGGUGUCCCAACUGACUCUAACAAAGACAAAUCGGGCAUGUCAGCUUAUUUCGAGACUUCGGCCCUGAAGCCAGAUGAGGGAUCCAAGGGGGUUCAAGCAGAAGGUUAUUAUGAACUGAGCACCGCAGGAGAAGAGAAGAAGGUCUUAGGGAGCAGUUCCCCAACAGUUCCGUCACCCCUUGAGAUCAACUACAGCAUGCUGGCACAAACACAGUCAGUGGAGGAGAAAUCAGACACGAUGGGAGAUCAAAAGGAGACCUUACCGGCCCUGGACAGGAGUAACGAAUGUAGGCUGUCUCCUGGGAAGCUGGCCCUGGAUCAAAGAAGCUACUCUCUCAACAUUACGAUUGGAUCGAUGGAUCCCAGUGGUCAUGGACGACCUAGAAACUUCUCCCCACUGGCCACGGAUAUCAUGUCUUUUACCAGCGGCAGUCUGGAGGAGUCUGCCAACUAUCUCCCAGUCACCACCCCAUCUGUGGAGAAGGAGCCACCACCCUUCCGUCCCCUGAUCCUGGAGACGGCAGCCUCAGUCACGUCCGACUCUUCAUCUCCUCCCCACAACACAGCAACAGAGACCCCCAGUGAAAAGACCAGCCCCCAGGGGUCAGAGUCCCCAGAAUCUCCCUUCCCACCCAAAUACUACUACAAAAACGGGACAGUCAUGGCUCCUGACCUACCUGAAAUGCUGGACCUUGCGGGCAGCAGGUCUAGACUGGCUUCUGAGAACACUGACCCUGAGAUCAUGAGGAGGAAGUCUGUCCCUGUGGACGCCCAAGUCCUUGGCAGCGACUCCCUGGCUAACCUGGUUCUGGGGGACCAGAGUCAGAACCAGAGUCUUGCCAAGAGUGAGAGCCAGCUGGAGGAGUUGGGUUACUGUGUGUUCAGUGAGUACUCAGGGCCCAUGCCUUCCCCUGCUGACCUCCAUAGUCCCAUUGACUCCCCGCCCCAGCGCUUUACCCCUAUGGCUCUGGAGGAAAAGAUGGCGGAGGAGAAACUGAAAAUCGAUGCCAGAGACAAACUAGCCGAAGACGAGAAGACCAGUCAGUUAGCUGAGAGCGCCGGUUCCAAAGAAAAAGAAGAAACCAAACAAAUGGGACAGAAGGAUUCAGCUUCAGAGGAAAAAGACAACAAAAAGAUCAGCCAUGAAAAUGCUUCCAUGGAAAACCAAAAAGACAAACCAGCUUCAGCUCUGAAGUCAGCCGAGUCCUUUGUAACUCCUACAGUGACAGUUACCCUGGAAGAGGAGGGGAAGCUAGGAGACAAUGGACCCGAGACAGAUGCUGAGAUGGCUGCCUAUGAGAGGCAGAUCCGCCGGCUGGAGAUGGAGGACAGGCCUCUGAGCAUGGAGGAGGAGCGGGAGCUGCAGGAGCUCAGGGAGAAGGUGAAGGACAAGUUCCUGGUGCACCAGGAGGCAUACGAGGAGGUGGAUGCUGAAGACGUCUACCAACUGACUGGAGUUGCCAAGGACAGGAUCAGCAGGCCCGUUAGGCCCUCCCCAGCCUCCUCUGUGGAGAGUACCACAGAAGAAGACAAUGUUUCAGUUAUGGAGACAGAGAAACCUAAACAGAUGGAAGGUCAGACAACACCAAAGAAGGUUGACAUCAUGGUGAUGUCUCCAUCUGUGUCAGUUGGUGGUUCGAGCACCACAGAAGAAGACACAGUUUUAGUUACGGAGACAGAGAAACCUAAGCAGACAGGAGGUCAGACAACACCAACAAAGCUUGACGUCAUGGCAACGUCUCCAUCUUUGUCAGGUGAUGGUGUGAGCACCACAGAAGAAGACACGGUUCCUGUUAUGGAGACAGAGAAACCUAAACAGAAUGGAGGUCAGACAACGCCAACGAAGGUUGACAUCAUGGUGACUUCUCCAUCUGUGUCAGGUGAUGGUGUGAGCACCACAGAAGAAGACACGGUUCCUGUUAUGGAGACAGAGAAACCUAAACAGAAUGGAGGUCAGACAACGCCAACGAAGGUUGACAUCAUGGUGACUUCUCCAUCUGUGUCAGGUGAUGGUGUGAGCACCACAGAAGAAGACAAGAUUUCAGUUACGGAGACAGAGAAACCUAAACAGACGGGAGGUCAGACAACACCAACAAAGCUUGACGUCAUGGUGACGUCUCCCUCUGUAUCAGGUGAUGGUGUGAGCACCACAGAAGAAGACAAGAUUCCAGUUCUGGAAAUAGAGAAACCUAAACAGACGGGAGUUCAGACAACGCCAACCAAGGUUGACAUCAUGGUGACUUCUCCAUCUGUGUCAGGUGAUGGUGUGAGCACCACAGAAGAAGACAAGAUUUCAGUUACGGAGACAGAGAAACCUAAACAGACGGGAGGUCAGACAACACCAACAAAGCUUGACGUCAUGGUGACGUCUCCCUCUGUAUCAGGUGAUGGUGUGAGCACCACAGAAGAAGACAAGGUUCCAGUUACGGAAAUAGAGAAACCUAAACAGAAUGGAGGUCAGACAACGCCAACCAAGGUUGACAUCAUGGUGACUUCUCCAUCUGUGUCAGGUGAUGGUGUGAGCACCACAGAAGAAGACAAGGUUCCAGUUACGGAAAUAGAGAAACCUAAACAGAAUGGAGGUCAGACAACGCCAACCAAGGUUGACAUCAUGGUGACUUCUCCAUCUGUGUCAGGUGAUGGUGUGAGCACCACAGAAGAAGAAAAGGUUUCAGUUACGGAAAUAGAGAAACCUAAACAGAUGGGAGGUCAGACAACGCCAACAAAGAUUGACCCCAUGACGACGUCUCCAUCUGUGUCAGGUAGUGGUGUGAGCGCCACAGAAGAUGAUGACGAGAAAGUUAGCAAAGAGGAGCUGAAGGAGCAGGUUGUAGAGGUCAAAGAGAGGACCAUGGAAGAAAAUAAAAAGGUAGAGGGGGAGAAGGAGGAUACAGAGCAGGCAGUGGAACCAGAUGAAAUCAUGAUAAAGAUAAAACCAUCAAUGCCUGUAGAGAAAGAAGAGAAGGUUGAGAAGGAUAGAAUGACAAACAAGGAGGAAGAGGAGGAGGAAGAUAGUGAAGUUCUGGCAGGGGCAGGAGCAGCGUUGAUUGAUGUUCCAGAACCCAGAGCUGCCAUAGAGUCAGUGGUGACUGUAGAAGAUGACUUCAUCACUGUAGUCCAGACCAUCGACGAGGGUGAGGAGCCAGGACACAGCGUGCGUUUUUCCGCUCCGCCCGAGCCUGAGACACCAGAGGAGGAGGAGGAGGAGUCCCAGGAGGUGGAGAUCAUGGAGGCAGCUAGUCUAGAGGAGGUGGGGGAUGUCUCAGAGGAGGUCCUUGAGAAGGAGGUGCAGGCCUCCCGAGAGAAGGAGGUGCAGUUGGAGACCGAGGGACAGACAGAGAGCUACGACAGAGACGAGACCACCAUGGACGACUCCAUCCUAGACAGCUCUUGGGUCGAUACUCAAGAUCUCUCCACUGUAGAUGUGGAUGAUGACAUGAGCAUGGCUGCCGAGCAGAUCGAGCCCCUGAGAGCCGACCGGGUCCCAGCCCCACCAGUCAAGAAGUACAAGACUCUCCAGCAGCAGAAGCAGGAAAAGCAGCCAGUGAAGCCCAAGGCUAAAAGCGCGCGUGUGAGGGGGCGCGAGGGGUGCGUCUCCACCCCUGAACGUAAACCCGUCCGCAAGGAGACUGUCUGUAUCCCCAGGGAAGACAUCAAGAAGAAAAAAGCCGUGAACAAGAAGACUGAGCUGACUAAGAAAGCAGAGACGCGCUCCUCUCCAUCCCGGAAGAGUGUGUUAAAGCCUACUGCGGUCCGACACCCAAGUCCCGCCCAGCCCCAACCCCACCCCUCUGCUAGGAGGAAACCUACAGUGGGUGUACCAGAAGGUCGUCGGCCCCUCAGUGUAGCUAGACAGUCUCGGGACAGAGCCUCAUCACCACCAUUAACAAAGAUCCCCACCUGUAAAACGCGAGUGGUCGCCCUCCUGCCCCCCCGCCCUAACUCGUCCUGCUCCUCCCACACUAAAAAGAACUUGCUGGGGGAGGUGGAGCUUGAUAGGCCCCGCCCCUCCUCAGGUGGGCCUCGUGACUCUACCACACUACCCAGACUGAUAUACCUGGAUGGCGGUUCGCAGAGCCCAAAAAGGUCGUCCCUGCCCCGGCCUGCCUCUGUCCCGCGGCCUGCCUCUAUCCUCAGCCGGCGUACCCACCACCAACCACAUGACCAGGAGGAGAGCUCCACCUCUAUCACCAGCUCCGGCUCUACCGCACCCCGUAGACCCACGUCAUUCAGUACAGAGGUCAGGGCGGAGCAUAGGACAGGACGCGCCCCUAGUUGGACAGGCACACAGUCGAUGCGUUCCCGUUCACUGUGCACCACAACCCGCACCCCAGGGUCCACAGCCAUCUCCCCUGGGACUCCUCCCAGCUACAGCUACUCCUGCCGCACACCUGGGACCCCUCUCACCCCUGGCACACCCCGUUCUCGAAGCCUGCUGCAGGAGAAGAAGGUGGCUCUGCUCCGCACCCCUCCCAAGUCACCUGCUACCACUCCCAAACAGCUCCGCAUCCUUAACCAGCCCCUUCCCGACCUCAAGAACAUCAAGUCCAAGAUCGGCUCCACAGACAACAUCAAGUACCAGCCCAAGGGGGGACAGCAACACAGAGGCAGGGGUCAAACGGCCACCACAACAGAGCCCAAACGCAGCCCGUCGUGGAUCUGGAGAUUGCUCCUUCGCCUGGUCUCUCUCUCCUUAUAUCUGUCUGCUGCACACAGUGUGACGUGGGCCCCCAUGCCAGCCAAAGACCAACUGAUUCAGAUUUUAAACAAGAAGCUGGACUUCAGUCACGUACAGUCAAAAUGCGGAUCCAAGGAUAACAUGAAGCAUUCUCCUCGUGGAGGCCAUGUGCUUAUUCCCAGUGUUAAACUGGACUUUAGCCAUGUUCAGUCUAGGUGUGGCUCCCUGGACAAAAGACAGUAUGCUGCGGGAGGGGGAAAUGUGCAGAUUCAGACCAAGAAGAUUGACCUGAGUCAUGUGACCUCCAAGUGUGGAUCGCUGGACAACAUCCGCCACCGGCCAGGGGGAGGUAACGUGCGCAUAGAGAGUGUGAAGCUGGACUUUAAAGACAAGGCCCAGCCCAAGGUGGGUUCCCUGGAUAAUGCACACCACACCCCUGGUGGAGGCCACAUUAUGAUCGAAAGCCACAAGCUGUUGUUCCGUGAUAUGGCCAAGGCCCGGGUGGACCACGGGGCGGAGAUCAUUGUGACCCAGUCUCCGGAAAUGGGCAUGUCAGGGACGGUGUCCCCCCACCGCGAUAGCCACCUGUCCUCCUCUGGCAGCAUCAACUUGCUGGAGUCUCCACAGCUAGCCACUCUAGCUGAAGACGUCACCGCCGCCCUGGCCAAGCAGGGCUUGUGAGCGCCUUGACCCCUUCAGCCCAGGCACCAGAUCUCUUGACCUUCCCCCUGCCUCCAGUCCAACCCAGCUCUGGACACCUUCCCCCUGCUUCCAGUCCUGAACCCCUCAUCUUGCCUCAAGUUCAACCUGACCCCAAGCCUUGGACUCUCUCACUUGCUUCUAGUCCAGCCCAAGUUCCCUCAUCAUGCCUCCACCCAGCCUCCAAUCUCCCUCCAGUCCACCCCCAGCCUCGGGUACCAAACAGCCCACACAAAUCUCUGCCUCAACCCUGCCUCAACCCCACCCUGCCUCAACCUCACUCUGCCUCAACCCCACUCUGUCCCCCGGAAACCUUCUCUGUGCCUCCAUCCAGCCUCUAUCCUUCCCUGCUACCUGCCAUGCGGUCCAUCUCAAACACCCUCACCCCAUCAUGCCUCCCAUCCAUCCCAGGCCAUGGACACCCUCACCCCACCAUGCCUCCCGUCCAUUCCAGGCCAUGGACACCCUGACCCCACCCUGCCUUCUGUCUAUUCCAGGCCCUGAACACCCUGAACCCACCCUGCCUUCCGUCCAUUCCAGGCCCUGAACACCCUGAACCCAUCCUGCCUUCUGUCCAUUCCAGGCCCUGGACACCCUGAACCCACCCUGCUGUCCGUCCAUUCCAGGCCCUGGACACCCUGAACCCACCCUGCUGUCCGUCCAUUCCAGGCCCUGGACACCCUGAACCCACCCUGCUGUCCGUCCAUUCCAGGCCCUGGACACCCUGAACCCACCCUGCUGUCCGUCCAUUCCAGGCCCUGGACACCCUGAACCCACCCUGCUGUCCGUCCAUUCCAGGCCCUGGACACCCUGAACCAACCCUGCCUCCAGUCCAUUACAGGCCCUGAACAUCGUGAACCCAACCUGUCUCCCGUCCAUCCCAGGCCCUGGACACCCUCUUCCCAUCUUGCCUUCAGUUCAACCACCCAGGCUCCCUCACCCUGUCCCAAGCCUCCUGUCAACCCCAGCCCAGAUGCCCAGACACCCCCCCAUCCUGCAGCAGCUUCAUACUCACCGCCUGAUGGAGCUGCCUACCCCACCCUAUGUCAACAAGACAAAUUAAGAAAAAACAACAACCCUUAUGGAACUAGAGACUAUUUAGAAAGUACUUUUGGUCAAUUGUUUGUUGAUAUUUCCAUUCCAAGUACUUGUACUUUUUUUCUCCAUCUUUUAUCUGGUGUAUUUUUUUAAUGCUCCGUAUAGAUAGAUAGUGUCCAAGCACUGACUCAAGAUCAGCUGUAGCUCUUUGCACAACAUAAUCUGGGUAUGGGCCAGGUAUAGGGUGGGCUGGUCUCUGUUCAGUUCUUAGGAGCAGCCUUUUCUUACACUAAGUAGGAAGUCACGUGGCCAUGCCCAUACAGUACUCUACCCAUGCCAAUGCCGCCAGCACGUCUUGUUUUGCUCAGUAAAGUGCAUGGACGCCAGACUCAACAUUCACUAUACAUCAAGCAUCCUUGCAGCUAGUCCCAGAUCCAAUAUAUAAUAAAUAUAUAAACAGUAUAUUGAAAAUAUGUAUAAAUAUACCAGCUCUUUGUCUUCAACAACAUCUCUUCGAAAAACCAUUUAAAAAAGUGAUUAGUCCUAUAAGUAUCUUAUACCUGAAAAAUUGCAUUAUUUCAAUAACUAGAUAAUGGUAUGAUGAGCAUGUAUUGAUUCUAGUUACAAAAAGAGGCUAUUUUCUAGUUCAAAUAAAAUGAUUUUAGUAAGUUAUUUCCUUAAUCGUUGGAUAGAAAAAUUAACACUUCAUGUUUUUGUAGAUAUUAGUUGACUAGUAUGUUAUGCUUGUUGAAGUUGACUUCAGACAACUGUGCUGGUAUUGCUAAGGAGUACAUCUUCCAGGCCUGCAACAGAGUACUAACGGCCCUGCAAAUGACUAGUGCCCUGUCCUGGUGGCGUACAGUAGUUGUACAUCAAGCUGCCUCCCAUUACAGAAACAGGAGAUAAGCUCCUGCCCCUAUGGGCCGUUCUGGCUCAGACCAGGCUUACUUUAAUUACAGAGAACUAACCAAUGCUACUUUCUCUGGGAGCUGUCCUACUAAAAGGCUGCUUAACCAGUCCUAGUUUAGUUUAAGAGGAUGCUGCUUUGAUUCUCAUCUCAAAUAUCUCAGUUCAAAAGAAACGAUGAUAUAGCUAGGAGCUCACAGAAGCUGUGAUCACAAUCCAUUCACCAUGAUAGCAAUAGGCAUUGGAUGGCUGUAAGAUAUUUUAGUCCAUAGUGUUCGAUGAACUCCCCAAGGCUCUCAGAGCAGGCUGAGAUUGAACUCACGAGGGCUUGCAGUUGUCUGAACCAUAUUGUAGAUGAAGCUAUUAUUUAAAGAUGACAUUUACAAAGCAGCUGUGGAACUCUGGACCCUGUGUCCCUACAGUUCACUUCUGGAUGCUAGGUUUGUUUUGUGUAAAACAUUUAGGGGGGGAAAAGAAAGGGGGAAAAUAAAUAAAAACUACAUUUCAUAAAAACAAUCUUUAAAAAAAGGAAACUCAACAAGUCAUGUUGCAUCUGUUUGAUAAAGUGUUCCUCUAUAUUUUUUCUGUCGCUAUUUUGUGGUAUUUAUUCCUCCUUCUUUUAGUAUUAAUGUUUGCUUCUGUGUUGUUUCUGCACCCCCCUAUCCCCUAUCCCCUACCCCCUAAUCCCUGAUCCCCUAACCUCUACCCCAACCUACAGCAACUGUAAAUGUAAUUAAAAGUAGAUGUACGCAGUUUUUCUCCUGUUGAUAUGAUACUGAUAACAAAAUGCUCUUAACAAUUAAAGACAAUAAAAACCCUGAAAAACACUCUCGUCGUGAGUAUUUUCAAACUUUUGGGAGAUUAUGGUUACCACCUAUAAUGUUGUGUGGGGGAUCUAUACUUAAAGAAAGAGAUUCAAGCAUGUUUUUAAAAUAUUUUAAUCAUUCUUUCAGAGGCAACAAGAAUAUGAACAUUUGGACUGCUGGGCCACCACCAGUGUUUGUCUGUUUUAACCUCUCCCCUAUAGCUAUUAUACUAAGGAUGAGUCCCAAAUGGCACCCUAUUGGGCUCUAGUCAAAACUAGUGCACUAUAUAGUGAUUAGAGUGCCAUUUGGGACACAGUCUCACUCUCCCGCAGAGCAAAGAAUAAGAGCCGCGACACCGGAGGGUUUUUGAAAAGUUUAUUUUGUGAAAUAGCGGAGGAGAAAAAUGAAUUAAGACAUAGGGGAGAGUGAGUUUUGAUGGCCAGUCUAGAGCAAAGCCAGUCACCUCUGCUGGCCCAAUCCAGGCAGCAAGUAAGGGAUGGAAUGGGUAGCUCCUCCCUACCCCCUUUCCUUCACCGACCCACGGUGGAGAGGCAUACCCCGCCAAGAUGGCGGGGGACAAGACAACAAGAGCAUCUGCUGUUUGGUGGUUGAAAAGAAAGGACAGCUUCUAAUGGAGGAGAAUAGAGAGCCGAGAGUCGAAGGUCGGAGUCAGACCCAAAAAAAAGA